AUGCGACGCUGUCCUUGCCGGGCGCCGCCGGCCACGGAGGCGCGGAGGCGGCGGAGCCGGGGCCCGGGGCCCGAGGGGGGCGGGCUUCCCCCGCCGCGGGAUCGGCCGGACGCCGCCGGGGCCCGGGGGACGCUGGACACUGCGGGCGUCCGGGCUGGGCGGGACAGAACUGGGCCCCAAGAAACACUAGACACCGCCGAGGCCCGGGGGACGCUGGACACCGUUGGGGAUCCGCGGGACGCUGCAGGCCCCCAGGGGACGCUGGACACGGCCGGGGCCAAGUGGACACCGGACACUACCUUGGCCGGGGAUCAGCUGGACGCACAGGCUCUUGAGUCUCAGCUGCACAUCGCGGGGACCCAAGAUCAGCCAGGCAGAGCCGGGCCCCAGGGGCCACUGGACACCACCAAGGCCCGAGUGGACACUGCUGGGAUCCAGGCUCAGCAGAGCAAAGCUGGGCCUCGAGGGCGGCUGGGGAUGCUGGUCACUGCUAGGUCCCAGGAUCAGCCUGAUGGGGCUGAGCCAUGGAGACAACCUGACAUAGACGUCUCUGAGCCUCAGCUGGACAGAGAAGGCUCUCAGGGAUGGCUGGAGGGUGCUGGCCCCUGGAAGCUGCAGGACAGAGCAGACCCGCAGGGAGGGCCCUAUACUGACGACUAUCAAACAGAAUGGACUGGUGAUCACCAUUCCACUGCAGGGCAGCCAGAAAAAGAUGCCCCAAAGCCCGAGACUGAGAGAGCAAGCCUGUGGGGACAGUCGGACAAAGAUAUCCCCCAGGUAAGGCCAGGGAAAGCUGGUCUCUGGGGACAGCUGGACAGACGCUACUCAGAAGCACAGCCAGAUGGAACCAUCUCCCAGCUCAGUCCAGAGAGAGAUGGCUUUUGGGCACUGAACAGAGACAGCCUUCAAGGCUGGCUGGACAGAGAUGAUCCAGAGAGGGAUAACCUUUGGGGUCAGCUGGAUGGAGAGGGCCUUGCAUCUCGGCCAACUGGUGAGGAUCUCCUGGGAAGGCUGGACAUUGAGAUCACUCUUGGGUGGCCUAAGAGAGACAAGUUGGAGGCACAGUCAGAGAGACAGGACUGCUGGGGACAGUUAGACAGACACUUCUGUGCACCACAGCCGGACAGUGGAGGAGGUCCUCUGGGGAGGCUGGAUGGUGGCAUUUCCCAGGGACAGCCAGCUAAAGACUGCCUAGCAGUGAGGACUGAGAAAGACAACCUCUGGGGAUGGCCGGGCUGUCCAGGCAGACGCAGCCCUGUACCACAGCCAGAGAAACAGGGGAAACAGGUUCGUGAUGUCCCCAACGAUCAGCCCAGUGGAGAUGGGCCUCCCACGGUGCCAGAGAAAGCUGGCUUCUGGGGACAGCUGGGUAAAGAUGUCCCCAUGGGACAUUUGGACAGAGACAGCCCCCAGUUACCCAUGGACAGGGAUGACUCCCUGGUGAGGGCCGAGAGACCCAGUACCUGGGCACAGCUUCACAGAUACAGCUCUGAGCUACCUUCAGGAGGUGGGAGUCUGCUGGAGCAGCUGGACAGCAAGGUCACUCUGGGGCAUCCAAGCAGAGAUGGCCCCCUGGUGGGGACAGAGCAAGAUGGCCUCUGGGGGCCAAGGGACAGAGAUGUUGGCACUGUGAGGCAGCUGGACAGAGAAGGCCCUGAGGUGGGGCUCAGUAGAGAUGGCCCCAUAGGAAGGCCAGAGAGACCUGGUAUCUGUGGACACUUGGCCAGAGAUGACUGUGAGCCUAGGCUGGUUGCUCUGGACAGUGGCUUGCCCGUGGGGGAGCUGGAGAUGGGGAGUCCAGAGGAGGCUCUGGAAUUCCUUCUGCUGGAAGAACGGUGCCACUCCCUGCUCUGUAGGGGCCCCCAGAGGCCUGUGCCCCGGGUGAUCAUCACCUCCGAGCCCGGGACUGGACUGCUGGGCCAAGAGCAAGGAGGCCCUUUGCCCCAUCCUGUGGGGUCCCCAGCCAGAGGACCUGGUGGCAGCGGAGGCCUUUCAUCUGCUUCUUCCUUUGAUGAGUCUGAGGAUGAUGUGGUCAUCGGGGGUGGAGGCAGCAGUGAUCCUGAGGAGGGGUCCAGGAAUGUGUCCUGGAGGAAGCUGAAGACGGCUGUGCGCUGUGCACCGUUCGUCGUGUCUUUCAGAAAGCACUAUCCCUGGGUCCAGCUGUCGGGACACAAGGGGAAUUUCCAAGCUGGGGAGGAUGGGCGGAUCCUGAAAAGGUUCUGCGAGAGCGAACAGCGGAGCCUGGAACGGCUGAUGGGCGAUGCACUUCGUCCGUUUGUGCCGACCUAUUACGGGGUGGUGGAGCAGGACGGAGAAGCCUUCAACCAGAUGGAGGACCUGCUGGCUGACUUUAGCACGCCUUCCAUCAUGGACUGCAAGAUGGGCACCAGGACAUACCUGGAAGAAGAGCUAGCAAAGGCCCGAGAGCGUCCCCGGCCUCGUAGGGACAUGUAUGAAAAGAUGGUAGCUGUGGACCCCAGUGCUCCCACCGCAGAGGAGCAUGCCCAGGGUGCCGUCACCAAGCCUCGCUACAUGCAGUGGCGAGAGACAGUGAGCUCCACGGCCACUCUGGGCUUCCGAAUUGAGGGCAUCAAGAAGGCGGAUGGCACCUGCAACACUAAUUUCAAGAAGACCCAGGGGACAGAGCAGGUCACCCGAGUCCUGGAGGACUUCGUGGAUGGCGAUCGGAACCUCCUGAGGAAGUAUGUGAAACGGUUGGAGGAGCUUCGUGGAACCCUGGAAAACUCCCCCUUCUUCCGCACUCAUGAGGUGGUGGGUAGUUCACUCCUCUUUGUCCACGACCAAACCGGCCUGGCCAAAGUCUGGAUGAUCGACUUUGGCAAGACCGUCCCUCUGCCUGCACCCCAGACCCUCAGCCACCGGCUGCCUUGGGAAGAGGGUAACCAUGAGGACGGCUACCUGUGGGGUCUGGACAACGUCAUCCAACUUCUGGAUAGCUUGGCUCGGAGCUGAGCCAGAGACUUGAGGGGCAGGACUGAACUUGGGGCUCCCACCUUGGGAUUUAUUUAUUUAAGGUAUUUAAGCUGUUGAGACAGGAAGGGGGCAGAACCCAAAGGAGGGCAGCAGGGGGUGGCAUCUGAAACAGGACCAUCCCCAGUGACCCCGGCUCUGAGGAGGGGGACCCAUGCUGGCUGCAGGUGCGCCCCCCUCAGUGCCAGGGUGCAAUGGGCUGAGCAUCACCCCUCGAGAGCCGCUUCUGUGUACAAGAUGCUACGAUGCUUGCUGUGCCAUGGGCUGACUCAGGGGCAGAGAAGGCCCUCUCACCCCAAUACCAGCACCAGCUUUGGGGGGGAGUGUCAGGGCCAAUGUUAACACUGUGACUUCUACUUUCUUCCUCAUCCCCUCACCCCCUGGUGGUGAUGGUAUAUCAUCUGACCUCUUCCUGGCUCUGGGGGCCAGCCUCUGCCAGGGUUGUUGGGGGGAACCUUUUUUUGUCCUGCUCUUCCCACCAGAGGCCUGUUCUUCCCAGCUUCGGAUUGGAGGGGAGGAGGCUAACGGGUGGGGAUGGCCAAGUGAGCCUCCCCUGCCCUCCUCCCAAUAGAAGGUGUGACUACCACUGCCUAUAAUAGAGGUUGCCAGGACUGUCAGCUCAGCCUUCAGCCUUUGGGGGGGGGAUGACAUGCUGGCAGUGUCCAGUGCCAACUCCGGCCCUCUCUGAGCACAUAAACCAAAGACUACUCCAUCCAUGCACCCUGAGGGUGAGGGAGGCAGAGAGGAGAAAACCCUGGCCCCUUAUUUGUCUUCCAGCUCCCCAAGGAAGAGCUGGGGAGGGGCCUGGCUUUACCCAGGAACUUGAAGAGGCUCUAGGGAAUGAUCUAGUCUCAUUCUCCACCCACAGCACAGGAAGUGGCAGAGCUGAGGGUUCAAGGCCAGACCCCCCCCCCCACAUACCAGCUGCCUCCCGAGCGCCAGCCUUACUGAAGCAUCCUUUCCUGGCCCUGGGGUGGGGAUGGAGAGAGAACAGGGGUAUA